GGACUGAUCGGUCGGACCGAUUCAACCGCAAACCGACAAUAUUAACAAUUCGGUCAGACAUGUAAAACCGUUGUUUAAAAAACCGAUAAAAAACUAUUGAAUCAGCCAAAAACCGUCCGGUCGGACCGAACCGAAACCCGCCCGGCUUACACAAAAACGGAAGCUCUUUCGUUUCUUUCUCCCUUUGUUUUUCAUUCAGAAAGAAAUCACACAACCCCAGCCAAAAAACCUGCACUGUAAGCCACUAAGCCUAUACACCACCGCCGCAAGGAGUGGCAUACUGCCGCCGUCCGUCGCACUCAAAUUCGCCAUCCGUCCGUCUAUCUAGCUUCCCUCGUGCUCCAAGUCUUCAACCCCUGUUCGCUGUCACCGAUCGCGGCUGCUUCCUCGAGCUCGGCGUUCGUCGUAUUUGUCUGCUCAGCCGCGCUUCCGUCGCUGUUUGUUUGCCGUUCACGUUCGCGUCUUCGUUCAGCCGUCGUCUUCGUUCGCGUUAUUCGCCGUUCACGUUCUCUCGGCGUUCACUGUUCGCGUUCACUCGCCGUUCACCAUUCGAGUUCGCAUUCGCGUUCGUCUGGAAGCCACGUUGCUCUGCUUCAAACUCUGCGACCAACCCGCGCGCUCCACCUAGCCGUCGAACUGCUCUCUUUUGUCGCCGCCACCGGCUGGACCAGUAAACCAGUGUGAACUAGUGACUAAAACAGUUUGAUGACUGGUCCGGUUUUCAGAACCUUGGUUGCUUCCCAGUCGCAGAAUCAGAACAGGAGCCACUCUAGUUGCAGGGAGUUCAGACGCAGCAGCGGCUGGUCACUGCCACUGCAUCCCUCUCUCCUGAAUUCUUGCUCUGUUCUUUGACUCAGGUAAACACGUUGCACCUUCCUUGUUUCCAGAUCCUCCUCAAUGUCUUCUCCUUCCUCUCCUGAAAGCUAGUGAUGAUGCUGAGCCAUAUGAGCCUUUGGGUGGCAACAUGCUACCUUAAAGCAAAUCAUCAGGUACUUGAGACUGCCAGAACACCUACUGAUUAUCAUUGAAACAUGAAGAAGCUACACUAUUUGUCGUCAUUGACUUUGAUGCAAAUUCGUUAUCACAAUACACACAUUUACCAAUGCUUCAUAAGUGGCUUUCCAAUGCUGAGAAACCUUGCAAUUAGGCUGAAAUCCACGGUUGAUCUUCAGUUGGAAAUGAAACAAUGCAAUUCUUUCAUUUCAUGCCUUUGCAAGGAAGGGAAAAUCGACAAUGCACGCAAGGUAUUCGAUAAAAUUUCUGAAAGGGACAUUGGUUUGUGGACCACAAUGAUAAGUGGGUACAUCAAGUGUGGCAUGAUCAAGGAGGCUAGGAAGUUGUUUGACAGAGUGGAUGCAAAGAAGAAUGUUGUCAUUUGGACUGCUAUGGUUAGCGGUUACAUAAAGUCCAAUAUGAUCAAGGAAGCUGAGAGGCUGUUUCAUGAGAUGCCUGUGAGGAAUGUUGUCUCUUGGAAUACUAUGAUGGAUGGGUAUGCACAUAAUGGGCAGACACAAAUGGCUUUGGACUUGUUUAGGAGGAUGCCAGAGAGGAAUGUGGUUUCUUGGAAUACAAUCGUAACAGCUUUGGCUCGAUGUGGGAGGAUUGAGGAAGCACAGAUGCUUUUUGAUCAGAUGGUGGAAAGAGAUGUUGUUUCAUGGACUACCAUGGUUGCAGGAUUGGCUAAGAAUGGGAGAAUUGAUGAUGCUCGGACACUCUUUGAUGUGAUGCCUGUUCGAAAUGUGGUUUCAUGGAAUGCAAUGGUCACAGGUUAUGCACAAAAUGGAAGAUUGAAUGAGGCUUUAGAGUUGUUCGAAAGGAUGCCUGAGAGAGACAUGCCUUCAUGGAAUACAGUGAUCACUGGUUUAAUUCAGAAUGGGGAGUUGAAUAGGGCAGAAAAGUUGUUCCAUGAGAUGCCACAAAAGAAUGUGAUUACCUGGACUGCAAUGAUGACGGGCUAUGUGCAGAAUGGCCUAAGUGAAGAAGCACUGAAAAUGUUUAACAAAAUGCAAUCUCAUGAUUGGUUAAAACCCAACACUGGAACCUUUGUGACAGUGUUAGGUGCUUGCAUUGACUUAGCUGGUCUUGCUGAGGGGCAACAAAUUCAUCAAUUGAUAAGUAAAACUAUUUUUCAGGAAAACACAUAUGUGGUAUCAGCACUGAUAAAUAUGUACUCAAAAUGUGGAGAGCUGCGUACUGCUAGGAAGAUGUUUGAUGAUGGGUUAUUAAGCCAAAGGGAUUUGAUAUCAUGGAAUGGUAUGAUUGCUGCUUAUGCACACCAUGGAUGUGGCAAGGAAGCAAUUAGCCUAUUUAAUGAAAUGAAAGAUCAAGGUUUCCAAGCUAAUGAUGUCACCUUUGUUGGACUUCUCACUGCUUGCAGUCAUGCUGGUUUAGUUGAGGAGGGGCUUAAAUACUUUGACGAGCUUUUGAAAAACAGGUCUAUUGAAGUCAGGGAAGAACACUACGCAUGUUUAGUUGAUCUUUGUGGACGAGCAGGAAGGCUGAAAGAAGCUUUCGAUAUCAUUGAGAGACUUGGGGAAGAUUCAUCAAUAUCUGUUUGGGGAGCGCUCCUUGCUGGAUGCAAUGUACAUGGGAAUGAAAUUAUUGGGAAUCUUGUAGCUAAGAAAAUUUUGAAAAUUGAACCAGAGAACGCAGGCACAUAUUUAUCACUUUCCAAUAUGUAUGCUUCCGUAGGGAAAUGGAAAGAAGCUGCCAAUGUUAGGAUGAAAAUGAAGGACAAGGGGCUAAAGAAGCAGCCGGGUUGUAGUUGGAUUGGAGUUGGCAAUACAGUGCAAAUAUUUGUAGUUGGUGAUAAGUCCCAUUCUCAAUUUGAGCUACUUGGGGGUUUACUUCUUGAUCUACAUAACAAAAUGAGAAGGGCUGGAGAUAUGCCAGAUGAUGAUGUAUUAGUUGGUGUCGAGUUCUUAUAGCAUGAAUCUCUAUUACUUGAAGCUUUCUAUUACUUGAAGCUUUCUAUUGUGCAGUGAAGUGGAAAUAUGAGAAAUUUUACCUGGUCGUACACUUAUAUCUGGAAUUAGCUUCCUCCUUGAACAGGGACAUGUCAUGUAUACUGUUGCUUUGAUUACUUUCGUGGGAUUUGUCAUCUCAUGACCACCGUGGUUUUCUUCCUAUCAUCAGGUGCUAUUAGAAAACUGAAAAUGCUGCUGACUUCUUGAAUUCCCUUGAUUGAUGAAAUAAAUGUGCUUGUGGUGGUGUGUAUUUGAAUUUGGAGAUUUUUUGUUAUCAAAGUCAAAUCGAUUUCUGACUCUGCCUAUAAAGAAGUGAGACCCAUGGUUAUGCAAAAAUAUCAACUUAGGUUGUUAAGCGAGACCCAUAGGGGCACCUUUGUAUUAAUUUAUGUGGGAACACAUGAGAAAAGGGGUGUGUUUCUAUGAAGUGUGAUGUUUCUUUUAUUCUCCUUUGAGUCUUCCUUCCUCUUGGCAUCUUUCUCUACUUUUUUUCUCGUUUCUUUUCAUCCUGGGUAACUCAGAUACUAAACUGUACCUAUGUCAUUCUAAAUUCCGAUAAGGUGAUGAUAAAUUAUAUGCACUGAAUAUCUCCAUUCUGCUAUGUGCUUUCUUCAUAUUGUUAAGCCGACAACUUCAGUUUUCUGCUCUAGUGGUGGCAAGAUUAAUGCUUAUAUUGCCAUGUAAUUUAACUCACCAUUCUAGAAAUCACUGAAUAUGCUGAACUUGUUAGUGAUAAGGAGAACUACAUUUCUCCUACGAGAUUGGAAUUGGAACAUAGUGAUGAGAUUUUAGUCUGCUGGAUAUUUUGAAAUGGUUACAAAGUUUGUUCACUUGUCUCAGGAAAUGCAUGUUGGCUUGAUACAUCUACGGGGAGGGCAAUCAGUUCUAAAAUUAAAUUGUUCUGGAGAACUUGCGAUGAGAUUUUCGUUGCAGUUUGGUUCAUCCAACAAAUAUGGUAUUACGUGGGAAAUUUAUUGCCAGAAGUCCAAAGAAAUCUCAGUUUUGUUAGCUUGGAGCUGAAAUGGGUGACUCCAGAGCAAAAUUUAGUAUCUCAAUACCUUGAGGACCAGUGAGGGAAAAAGGAUUUUACCAUAUGUUCCAUCAAUAAGUUUUUGAAUACUGUUAUGAAAGUCCCUCCCAAGCGUCAUAACAGUAUAACAGGUAAGAUAAUAAUUUUGUUACAGACUUACAGUUUAACUCGGUUCUUUUUUAUAUUUCCAAACAUAAAGAAAGUGUUAUUGGACCCCUUACUUUGCCUUGAAAUUGUUUUAUCAUAUGGCAUUUGUCUUUUGUCAUUCUGGUCGAGUUUCUGUUCUCUAAUCUUAAAAGCAAUAAUUGUGUUAAAAUUUUUUGCUUCAGUAGGCCAUGUAAAAAAGGAAAUAUAUAGAAGUGCCACAUGGUGCAUCUUUUAUAGAUUUUCACUUUCAAGCUUUGUCGUUGCCAUUUCAGAUAAUUAAUUUGUCACGUAUUUUGGCCAUUUCAAAUAAUUAAUUUGUUCACUUACCCUUGAAUCAUCUCAUUGUCCAUAGUCUUAGCUUUUUAUAUCUCCAUAUUAAUUAUGGAAUAUAAUUCUAGCAUCUUGCAUGAUGCUACCUAUGAAGUAUUAAAGAAUUACUCAGUAAAAUGAAACUGAUGUUAAUAUUGGGUUUUUUGUUGCUAAUUUGGACUUGGCCUGUGAUUUUAGGUGACAAUUUGAAUUUGUUAAAAUCAACUUAUUGCUUAAUUGUGUGCCAAUUUUUCCCCUUUUAAUGUUCAUCUCAGGUGCAAGAUUCAUGCUAUUAUUUCUGAUUAUUUUGUUCCUGAUUAUUCCUGAUUAUUGCUAAAACUAGCUUACUCAUUCCAUUUGGAGCAUUAUAGUGCUCUUUUAGCACACUUUUGAUUCUAAUUGAGCUUACAUUAUACUAUAUCAUCAGUAUCAGAAGAUAGAAAACAAGAAAAUAUAUUAGUGAACUUGUUAUUAUUUUGAUGUAUGCAUUAUCUUUAUUAAUGUCGGUAACUACUUCAGGAUAUGGUGGUGAUAUUGAAAUAUCCCAAAAUGUACAUUAUGAGUCGGAGUAAACUUGUGAGUGCUCCAACAGUGGUAGAUAAAUGUCAUUUUUUUGUGUGUCAAUAUAUCUAUGUAUAGUAGAUAUGUAAGAUCCAGCCGAUAUGUUAAAUUCUCCUAAGAAUAAUAUUUUUUAGAUACUUCCUUUAAUACAAAAUGCACCACAACUUUUUCCAUGGGUCAAUUACACUUAUCUCUUCUACUCUUAGGUAAGAUUAUACAUGAUCUUUUUUACUUGUAAAAAUAUGCAUUGAUUGCUUAUGAAAUUUAGGUUGUCAAUUAUUGGUAUCCUUAUAAUUUCCACAAUGUGAUACUCAUAGUUAUAACAACUCAAAAAGAGUCAUAUUAAUACUGUCUGAAAUCAAUCGCAAGCCUUGGAUAUGGAGAACUAACAUGGUCGUAAUAAAUUCAUAGCAUUGUUGAAACUAUAAAUUGUAAAAGAAUUAGAAUUUGGAAAGCCAUUGUCUUGGUGGUUGAUGCACUUAGUUUGGUUGCACUCUCUUUUGACUCUGGUUUAUCUUACUUUUAUUUUUUUAAAAGUAUUACUUGACUGUAGCUUGUCUUACUAGUUUCUUUUUUUAAAUUUUGUAAUAUGAGUGAGACCAAGAUGGCUGACUGGAGUGCCACAAUCUCGCUUCCUCGGGGCCGGAUGGCGGAAUCGGCAUUCUGGUCGGAAACAACAUCUUCCCCUUCUGCGGCAGAGCUGCGGUCCACACUGUCCUUCGGCAAUAUCGGACUCCGAAGGCGCCACCCAGAGACGACGCCACAAGAACAACCAAAAGAAAAAUCGCUGCCCUCACUCGAAAACAAAUUGAGCUGUAGGCAUCAAGGUAAGGUACCGAGAAACUAUACUGCUGCAGAAGCGGAAUCGAAGGAAUUGGUUUCAAGGUAAGGAUUGUAACUGUUUGAAAAUUCUGAUUUAUUUUCAGACUAAAGAGAUUAUUCUAACUCAAGGAACAUUAAAAAAAAAGACCAAACACAAGAAACUAGGAUUGCCACAAUAUCCUAUACAUCAUUAUCCAAUGGUCCAUUCUUAUCAACUUUAUAGUGGAGCUCUCUCCAUUCCCUUUCAUCCUGUUCAAAGUAGCAUGCCGUACUUUUAAUCAUUAUCCUUCUACUAUCGGAAUUACAUUAUAUCCUCAAUUCUCCCAUGUCUUGCCGUAUCCUGGUGGACCCAGCGGAUGUCAUCAAGAACAAAAAGUGAGAGUUAUAAACUAUAUUAUAUUU